AUGACUGAAUACCCACUAGUCCCGACUUCAGUGCACGAUUCGCGAGAUGAUCCUAUCGUCAAGAAUAGCGAGAACUCGAAUACCAUCCUCCAGGCGACGAGCCGCGCAGCCGUCACAGGCGCGACACUACUUCCGAGAUCGAUUGCAUCCGUUGUAUCGUUCCUCGCCCAGUCAACGUCGCUUUCUCUACGCGUCGGCACGUAUUUCGGCGGCGCUGCGAUUGGUGGUGCCAGAGUGACAACCUUGACAGGUCUAGAACUGAGCAGGGCCCUUGUUGAAGCUGUCUUGACGAGGGCUGGCCAUGAGGUUGCUGGACGUAGCCAUGGUGAAUACGGCCAAAUAGAGGCAGAGUCGUUACUCGAACGCAGUUUGGCAGCGUUACAUACAACCGUGACGUCGGCUUCCUUCUUUGCGGCCGCCGGGUUUCAUUUGUCUGAAGUGGCGCUUUCCUCGAUAUCAAACGUGUCCCAGAACCUUCUUUAUUCCCUAGAUGCGAUCCUAGGAUCAACGGAGUCCUCACGGGCUAUUGCAUCAAUCAUUACACUUAUUCACCGCGAAUUCAGUAAGAAUCAAGGAGGAAAUAACGAUGAUUUAGUUGGUGUUGGAGACCUGCUCGUCGGUGCAAUUGGAUUCGCCUUGCUUCAGCGCUGGGGUAGACGGAAUACCGACAGGCAAUUACGUGAAAGUGAGGGGGAGGUUACUAUAUGGGAUGUUGUGAUAUUAGAUAACGGUCUCAGAGCCGACGUGAUUGGCACCCAGACCCAAGAAUAUGCGCAUGAAACGACGAACAAUGCGCACGAUUUAUCCCGACCCGCUUCGUUUUUGGCUCCUGGAAGGAAUGAGGAACCCUUUGAGGCUUUAGAGCACGUAAACUCACUUACCAACGCGUCUAUUCGUUCCUGGAACUUCUCAUCUGAAGAACAACCUCAACUGUCAGAUGAAGAUAUCCGAUUGUAUAUCAUGAAACAGCUACCGCAAGGCAGUCGUGCCUCCGUCAGAACAGAGGUCGUGACAGCACGCACCAUUACAGUUGAUGUAUAUGACGACGACACCGCGGAAAUUGCUGCUCCACCAGGAACUACGAUGGUCGAGGAAAGAUUUCACCAUGACCACGACACACUAGGAGCAAAGCGCCUUCCUAAGCAUACGAUAGUAUUUCGCACCGCAUUUAACGAGUCUCAAAGCGCAGACUUGAACCCAAACGAUUUCGGCGCCCAUCCAGUCUCGCCUGCUUCGCCGAGACAGACGAGAACUGGUCCAAAAGGAUUUCUUCAGCCUAAGACCCUGCCGACCACGUCAAGGGAUGCAGGUAAAACCAAGUCAGGUUCGUCUGAAUCAGCAAACAAACCUCUACAACCUGCUCUCUCGACGGGGAAUGUUACAGAAAAAGAAGAAACGAAACCACUCCAGGUCGCUAGUUCGUCCUCACUGAGUGGCUCUGAAACACCCCGGAAUUCUUUUGGCAAAGCAUCGCUUUCAAAGAUUGCUCAAAAAGUGAAAGCGGGCCCCGUGGAGAAAAAUGGUGCGAAUAGUAGUAAAAGCCUUGUGAAAAAGGCUCCAAAAAGGACAAACGGCUCUAACUCUCACACAACACCGGAAGCGAUGAAGGCCUCUAAGGCUGAGUCUUCAAGUGAUACGACCAUUGCAUCGAACAAUCGAAUUUCAAGAGCCAGGGAGAAUCGACCCCAAACUCCUGCCCUACCAAGCAUUAAACCCCCGCCUCGAGUGCCACCAAAAGAUUACUCUAGAUAUCGCUCAACGCCGUCGCCGACGACAGCCAAAACACAGAAACACUUCAGAUCCUCGUCCAGAACAGAUUAUUUUACUGUUAAUAACAGGAAUAGCGAAUCGUUCGGUCCACAUACGGAUGCUUAUUCAAUCUGCUCGGUUGACAGCCGCCCUGGAUCGGCCUCAUUUACUCGAACACACUUCCGCAGCAGCAGCUCAUUGUCUAGAACCCGGGCAGAAGACGUCACCAUCUUGAACCAUGAUUCUCCACAAACACCAGGACUAUCUCAGUCACAUCGACGAUCUCAAUCUUUUGUUCCUAGUAUCUAUUCCAUGGCGACGGGCUCUGAAACGUCUCUGAUUCUCGCUCCCCGGCCACGAAAGAGUGUAUAUGAGGACGAGUCGACAAUUGUCGGUCUCAAUCGCAACGGCCUCGUCCCAGGCAUAUUCCCGCAGAACCACCUAGUCAAUAACAUUCGACGAUUCUGUCGAUUCUCAUCUGCGUCAUAUGGCUCCAAUGCUCUUAAAUUCAUGGGGACACCGCACGAUCAGAAAAUGAUUCAGUACUAUGAUCCAAAUAAUCACGAACACAGUUCGUUUUCUAAUAUCACCGGUCUCCCUCCAUCUGCCAUCCUCCUUUCCUCAUAUUUUGAUCCUGCUGGCGGUACCAACUCUGAGGGAGAGACUCAGUCUGGAUUUCCUCUCGUGCACUACCUCUCUCUCGAUCACGAAUCCAAGGCGGUGGUAUUAACACUGCGUGGAACAUGGGGAUUUGAGGAUAUCUUAACAGAUAUGACAUGUGACUACGACGAUCUAGAAUGGCAAGGGAAGAGCUGGAAGGUACAUAAAGGCAUGCAUGCAUCUGCAAGUCGACUCCUCGAAGGUGGCGGAGGGAGGGUGAUGGCAACAAUCAAAGCUGCACUCGAAGAAUUCCCAGACUACGGCGUGGUUUUCUGCGGCCACUCACUCGGUGGUGGCGUUGCAGCGCUUCUAGCAACAAUGAUCUCACAACCAAAUGCCUAUCCGCAGGGCCCUUCAUUCGUGACAGCUUCUGCCCUCCAAGCAGCACGUCCACUGCUUAUAACGGCCGAUCAUCAGCAACAAGCAUCCAAGGUCUUCUCACUACCAUCUGACCGACCAAUACACGUAUAUGCUUUCGGACCACCUGCAUGCAUGUCGCCCUUCUUACGCCGGGCUACCCGCGGUCUCAUCACAACAGUCAUUAACGGCAAAGACGUCGUCCCAAGCCUAUCCCUCGGUAUCUUACACGACUUCCGAUCAGUGGCCUUGUCAUUCAAAAACGACACCACAGGCUCAAAAUCACACAUUCGGUCACGCGUCCUAGAGGGUCUGAGACAGAACAUCUUGAACAAAUUCUACGUCAACCAGCCCCCCAUUCCCAUGAACGCAGGCGAAGGUCUCGGGGAAGACAGCUGGGCAUGGUCUGCGCUGCAAUCCCUGCGCGAAGAAAUGACAGCGCCAAAACUCCUUCCUCCCGGCGAAGUGUUUGUUGUAGAUACCAUGCGUGUCCUGCAACGAAAUGCCUUUACAACAAGGACGAUGUCGGCACACGAUACCCAUCCCCAAUUAGGACGGCCAGCUACUAGAGUCCAACUGAAGUUCAUUCGAAAUGUCGAUGCGUAUUUCGGAGAACUCAAUUUCAGCUCCGGCAUGCUGGGUGAUCACAAUCCUGUGAGGUAUGAGGCUGGCUUGGCUUCAUUAGCUCGAGGGGUCAUUGACGAAUAA